AUGGUCACGUCCACCACUUUGGUCAGUCCGAGCAUCAAUAUUUCUUCGGAAUCGCUACCCUACUGGCUAGUCAACGUACCCCCGGCCGAACGACCUGCCGAAUGUCCCGAGUUUCUACGCAACAUCAGCGAGAAAAACAUCGCGAUCCUCUCGACCCCUGACGAGCGAUAUCAGCGACAGGGAUGGGAGCUGGUGAAGGAAAUUGUGGCAACGAACCGCAUUGACCGAUUCCAACGACUCCCUAGCGAUUUGAGGAAAUAUUUGGAAUACAAGGAACGGAUCGUCGCCCGGUAUGGAUCGAUCAUGCGGUUUGUGGUUAAGGAGAGACUCGGCUGGGGGGAUGGAACAACCGAAGACCUGAAGCCUAAAGGGCGACCCUUUGAAUGCGAUGAGGAUAUCAAAAUCCUUUACAACGACUGGCCGUACGGUGUCGAAGACGGCAUCGUGCAUCUGGUGGUUUGGACCAAGUUCGAGCUGGAAGAUGACCCGGCCACGGAUGAUUUAACACCGCGCGCUCGACGGGAAAUUGACGACUAUGUGACAAAGACGUUCAAGUCACGGAUACCACCGGACCAGGUAGUCUGGUUCAAGAACUGGAAGUCGUUGAAAUCUGUGAUGGCAGUCGAACACUUUCAUGUCAUGCUGUACAAGCCGGACGCGGUAUUUCUGGAUCAGAUCACGCAGGGGGGUGAGCCUUAG